CUCCACCGCCAUCUCCGCUGGCUCCUCGCCGACGCCUUCGCCCUUCCCCGUCUAGCGCACCGCUUGGGAACGAGCACUGGAAGGACCUAGUGGUCACCGUCCGGGAUGACGUGCUCAUCCCGCGGCCCAAGACGGAGGCCCUCGUGGACAUGGUAGCCACCACCGACUACGAGCGGGGGUCCUGGUCCUGUCCCUCGUCUUCCUCGGCGGCGGCAUUACGGUUUGGCUCCAUCGUCGUGCCCUGCGUCGACGUCUCGAUCAGCUUCACAGAUCGCUGUCUUCACGAGGUUGGUCGAAGAGGGCUGGAGUUCAUGCCGUUCCUGAUGUCCCUGUCCGUGUUCCUCUUUGGCACCUCCUGGUUCAUCUACGCCCUGCUCGGCCUCGACCCCUUCAUCUUCAACCUGAUCCUAGUUGAAAAUAUUGGAGCUAAAUUGGUCAGGUUGAAAAUACUCAGGUUGGUGCAACUCCGGCCUUGUCACCCACACGUCAUGCCCGCAGCGGCCUCAGCGCUGCCGACACCACCACCAGCUUCGGCGCUUCGCGUUUGAGUUUUGCAGCACCGGCGGACGUCUGAGCUGCUUACUGAAUGCCAGAUGGUGGAAAUAAUUGUGCUGAUAUACGCCCGCGACAGCCCCAAACGCUAGAGCAGUUCAACUCCUUGCGGGUCCCCAAUCUCAGGUUUGGACCUUUCUUGGUGGAUGUGUCUCCUUACUUCAUCUCUUUUACUUUCAACUUUGUCGCAACCAUAGAGGAUUCUUAAUUUGAUUCUUCUGGUAUGUAUGUGGUUGCAGCACCCUGUUUGAAAUAUAAUAUAUCAUGUUCUCUGCACCGUCGCUGAUUUUCAAUAGUAACAAUUUCGUACUCCUCCAGCACCAUAUUUCAUUAGGAUAAUGUUAUUGGUUCUUGAGGUUUAUUUAUAGACAUGGGAUGUUCUCAAAGUUUAAUCUUAAUAUAGGUUCAUACGGACUCGGUCGGACAAAGCAAUUUCAUUUGAGCAGAAAUGAUACUAAAUCACCUGUCAGUUAAUCCUUUCAUGUAGGAGAACCAUUAUACUAAUCAGAAGAUGCAUGCGUUCUGGCAUCCACUAAGGGUGACCCCUUUUUUAGUUUUGUCACAUAAUGUUAGUUACUCACCUUAGAGAACCCCCUUUUUUAUCUUCUAUAAGGUUGCCUGCUACUGCUAGCGUAUGCAAGUAAAAGCAGCUAUUUGCACCAUCAUUCAUUGCUUCAAACUUUUGUUGAUCAAUUCACACCCAAAAAAACGCUUACUUGACUGGCUACUAUCAAAUCAAAAUUUUAUAAAACGGACAAUCUAGCACUCAUAUGUCAUAUGACAAUUGCAAAUCUCUCACAGUCUAUCGAAGGGAAAAAGGUGUACAUGUUUUUUAGCUUUUACCUUUAUAAAUGUAUAAGUAUCAUGUACUUAUCUACUUGCUUCCUCAACGCCCCCCUUUAUUAUCCUCUCUAACCUAUUACUAUAUAGUGCAGUGUCAAAUAAUAUAGUUCACACUAUUAGAUAAUUAAGAAAAUAUCUGAGUGACCAAAGCAUUGUUCACCCAGUAGGUUGCAAUACACUCUAUGCAUACUUACGCUUUUGUAACAUUGUUGUUCUCGAAUUCUCAAUACCAGUUUGGCAUUUCAUUCUUUCAUUUAUAAGAAAAUCCUUAACGUCAACUAAGUGUCCCGCAACAACGCACGGGGUAUCAUCUAGUUCAUUCAGUUUGACUGUGCGUAAACACUAUAGUGUACAACUAUCAACUUGUUUCACUAUUCAGUUUGUCAUCCAUUCAGCUUACUUACUGGGGCAUAUUUCUUGUGAGAGUUUACUUGAUAGUACAAUAUGUCAGAAGAAACUACCAUUUCUCCGGAAUGAAUCAUUGAUUGCUCUUUAUACACUUACAACUCGGUUUCUUUCAUAUAAGUUCUGCUGCCUUUCUUUAGGUCGAGCUACUGCCCUGUUAAUUAUUGUAACAAACUUUAUCAUUUGCCAGUUUGCUCUGUGUUGAGAACUGACCAAUAAGUUUUGUUUGCCAAUUAGCUUUCUGUGUGCAUGCUCUUAAUCCCCAUAUUACUAAUUUCUGAAUCAAACAUUAUUAUUUCUGUCCUCAACAAGUCGCAGCGCUAUGUUCUGUUUUUUGUUUAGUUAGCUCUGUCAAAUAUAAUCAACCUGCCUAUGUUCCAUUUUGCUAUUUGUACUUAGGUAGAAAAAGCUAAAAUCUAUACAUGUAAUGCUGAAGCUAUAUUGGUUGCUUGUUUCUUAAAUUUUUUCUUCUAUAAUGAUGAUCUGAAAUGCCACGCAGGUCAUUAUUGGUGGUGCUACUGCUGUUGUUGUGGUUGUUGGAGGUGUUGCUGUUGCAUCUGGCGGAGCUGCCGUUGGGGCCCCAAAAGGUAACCUUCAUCAGCCACAACCCCACAACAAUGGCUCAAGGUUCUGUGCCCUAUCACCCCUCUUUCUAAAUUACUGAAAUGAACCAAGAUCUCAUAUAUUUAGGAACGGAGGUAGUAGUAAGGUUAAAAUAGAACAGCAAGGGAUGUUUCUAAUUUGGUUAUGCUAGAAUAAUGCAUCAACUCGUGGCAUUCUUGGAUGUUACUCUAAGGUGUCAAAAUGAUAGUAAAACCUAGGCUCUUGCAUGGUUCUUGAAUUAAUUUUUCUAUUUUAUGGCUAACAAAUAUUGCCUAUGUUGAGACUCUAAACAUGUGGAUUUUCCUCUCAUUUAUAGGAAUUCUACCUGAAGAAAUUCGGAGAAAACUUGAAGCCCCAGUUAGCGACUUGCUUUAUAUGUUAUUGACUUGUCAUGCUAAAUUUGUUGAGAAUUUUGAUAUACUAUUGCACAUGUUACUCGAAUGCUGGUAGUUAUGUACAUAUACUCACAAUAUUAUCCGUUGUUUACU